AUGGGCGUGUUUGACCGCGGAGUUCAGAUGCUGCUGACCACGGUGGGGGCCUUCGCCGCCUUCAGCCUCAUGACCAUCGCCGUGGGGACAGACUACUGGCUGUACUCACGCGGCGUCUGCAAGAUCAAGAGCACCAACGAGAACGAGACCAGCAAGAAGAACGAGGAGGUGAUGACGCACUCGGGCCUCUGGAGGACCUGCUGCCUGGAAGGUUCCUUUAAAGGCAUGUGUAAGCAGAUAGAUCACUUUCCUGAGGAUGCCGACUAUGAGGCGGAUGCUUCAGAGUACUUCCUACGCGCUGUACGAGCCUCCAGUAUCUUCCCUAUCCUAAGUGUGAUCCUGCUCUUCAUGGGGGGGCUGUGCAUCGCCGCCAGCGAGUUCUACAAGUCACGCCACAACAUCAUCCUCAGCGCCGGCAUCCUCUUCGUCUCCGCAGGUCUGAGCAACAUUAUAGGAAUCAUUGUGUACAUAUCAGCCAACGCUGGGGACCCUUCCAAGAGUGACUCCAAGAAGAACAGCUACUCCUACGGCUGGUCCUUCUACUUCGGCGCCCUCUCCUUCAUCAUGGCCGAAAUGGUGGGCGUGCUGGCUGUGCACAUGUUCAUCGACCGCCAUCGGGAGCUACGCGUGGGGGCGCGAGCCGCUGACUACCUCCAAGGUGCGGCCAUCACGCGCAUCCCGAGCUACCGCUACCGUUAUCGACGCCGCUCACGCUCUUCGUCCCGCUCUACGGAUCCCUCGCACUCUCGCGAGGCAUCACCGGUGGGCCUCAAGGCCUUCGGGACGCUGCCCUCCACCGAGCUGUCCAUGUACACGCUGCCCAAGGGCCAAACGGGCACCCCAACAGCCACCUAUAACUCCACGGAGAGGGACCACAACUUCCUGCAGGUCCACAACUGCAUCCAGAAGGACCUGAAAGACUCAGGCGGCCACAGCAACACCGCCAACCGGCGCACCACACCUGUAUGA